AUGGACCUGAAUGAGGGCACAGAUGGUUCAUCCACUGAAGUAGGAGAGGAGACAGAAUUUACAGACACGAUGCACAAGUGCCUCCAGAUGCAGAGGCAUUCUGGUUGCCUAGAUACAGAUGUAAACAAAAGUGCCUCCCUGACUGCUGAGGAACAGCCAGAUGAACCUGAUGGCCCCCUUCCUGGCUCAGCCAGUGACCAAGAAAAGAAAGUAAGAUUAUCUCCGGCCAAAAUGUCAACCAAGAAGGCUACAGAUCUAGUUGAAUAUGUUGACAAGGGUCAUUCUUUUCUUCCUGCCAUUCCAAACACCCAGAGAAGUCAGCUAGAAGACAGGUUGAACAACCAGGACCGCACCAUAGCCUUCCUCCUUGAGCAAGCCUUUCGCAUCAAGGAGGACAUCUCUGCUUGUCUUCAGGGGACACAUGGCUUUCGAAAGGAGGAGUCAUAUGCGAGAAAGCUUCUGGAAAACCACAUCCAGACCAUCACCAGCAUCGUCAAAAAGCUCAGCCAGAACAUUGAGAUGUUAGAAGAACAAAUAAAAGCUCGAGACCUGGCGGCCACAGGAACUAAUUUUGCAGUACAGAACCUAAACACCAAACACCUGCAAGGAGUUGGAGAUCUUCGAGGAAGAGUAGCCAGAUGUGAUUCCAGCAUCAUGAAGCUUUCUGGAGACAUUCACUUCAUCAGGCAUGAACAACAGCAGCUCGAAAAAAGAAUUCAAGAACUCAUUUCUGCCCUAGAAACUCUUUCUAAGAACUUGGAUAUGAAGGUAAUGCAGCUCUUAGGAAAGAUAGAGGCUUCCAGUUCUGAGCAAAUCUCAAAUUUAAAGAUGGUCCAGGGGGAUUAUCGCCAUGAAAUGAAUCUUUUGGAAUUCAAAUUUAACUCACUUUCAACGAAUCUAUGUGAGCAAAUUGAAAACCAUCAAAAACGGACAGAAAGCCAGUUCAUCAAAUAUGAACAAGACCACCUCGGCCACAUAAAUAAGUGUCUGAAGCUCCUACAGGAGAAACUGGAUAUGUCUGAAAACAAAAUGGAAGAAAAGUUACUGAAGCUUUCAAGCAAAUUAGAGAAUUUCAUUAACAUACAGAAACAGGAAGCAGAACUAAACAAAGUACACCAUAUAGAAAAUAAACUGGCCAAAAAGAUGAACCAACUGGAAAAGUACAUCUGGGGUGAAUUAGAGAAAAUGCAGAAUGAAUAUCAAUCAGGAUUUAAAUCGAUUCAUGACUCUCUCAGCUCCCUCCAACGAAUACAGAAAACAAAGAUGGAUUUAGAGAAAUAUAAAGUACAGAAAGACCUAAAGAAAUUACAGCGUAAGAUAGUGGAACUCCAGGAAGUAUAAACUGUCCGAUCAUCUUCUUUUCACCAGAUAAUGAAGUGGUUUUUUGGGAAAAAGAAAGUGCCUCUGGGAUGUUAACUGCUUCCAUUUCUUACCACCUUUUUAAGUAGAUGAAUGUACCAGAAAACCCCAUAAAGCAAAGAAAUUUUUUGA